AAAAAUCAAGAAGUUGAAUGAAGAACUUAAUCAGAAUCGCAUGGAUGAAAAACUUGAUCAGAAUUGCCUAAAUGAAGAACCUGAUCAGAAUCGCCUGAAUGAAGAACUUAAUCAGAAUCGCCCGGAUGAAGAAU